CGCCCCCAGUGACGCGUCGAGCGCUGAUUGGGUUAUGUCCGUGACAGUUCCCGUUACCCAGGCAACCAGGGCCGGGCUCUCAGUCCUGGAGGGAGGCGGCGGGCCCGGGUCAGGGGCCUCAGGAUCGGGCUUGGGCCCAGAGCAUGUUCCAGAUCCCAGAGUUUGAGCCAAGUGAGCAGGAAGACCCCAGCCCUGCAGAGAGGGGCCUGGGCCCCAGCCCCACGGGGCCUGGUCUGGGCAGCCACCCGAGGACGGCCCCAGACCUCCAGGGGGAAGCAGGUCACCAGCAGUGGCAGCCAGCCGGCAGCAGUCACCAUGGAGGCUCCCUGGAGACCCGCAGUCGCCACAGUUCGUACCCCACGGGGUCCGAGGAGGAGGAUGUGCUGGAGGAGGAAGGACUCAGCAGCCCGUUCCGGGGCCGCUCGCGCUCGGCGCCCCCCAACCUCUGGGCUGCACAGCGCUAUGGCCGCGAGCUGCGGAGGAUGAGCGACGAAUUCCAGGGGUCCUUUAAGGGGCUUCCCCGCCCGAAGAGCGCGGGCACCGCGACGCAGAUGCUGCAGAGCUCAAGCUGGACGCGCAUCUUCCAGUCGUGGUGGGACCGGAACUUGGGGAGAGGAGGCUCCGCCCCCUCGCAGUGAUUUUUCUUUUCCGCCGCUCUGCCCGGAAGUCCCGCCUAGGAGCGGCCAUCUUGGGUGCGGGCGGAAGUCCUCCCCGCAGGUCUUCCCGCAGACUGGCCGCCCGUCUUCCCCUUUCGGAAGGAAGCGGCGAGACCCGCAGCCCGACUCCCUUCGGGAUGUGCGAGGACCUCGGAGGGCGCCGGCAACUUCCCCUCGGAAGUUGGGAAAGUUUUCCGCCCGUUGACCCCGGAAGCGGCUCCGGAUCCGCCCUCUGGUGCAAGGCCCCGGGGACACCGAGUCCGGAGCCGGGGUGACCUCGGCCUCUUCCCCCGGCGGCGCCCCCUCCUCGACGUGCGAAUAAAACCGCGUCUCCGCC